AUGUCAAUUUGUCCAGACUACGUGAGGGCAUGGGAAAGCAGACAGAGAUUUGUUGUUAGCAUGGCACGAGAGCUCACGGCCCGGCAGUUGACUGCACAGGUUCGACAUGCCGGUGCCAAGGAACUUGCCAAGCUCAGCUUUGAGCACGGCAACCGUAUGGACCGCAUGCACCUGGUGGCAUUACUCCACCGUUGUGGCGCCUUGAGGCUACCCCGGCCAGACGCCGAGGUACCGCCGUGGAUACAAGCAGCACUUCGCAGGCUCUCUCCUCCAACCUCGGCACGCGAGGCGGCCAGUAUGCUGUGGGCUUUAGCAAGGUCGCAGCUUCCGGCCAGGGUGCCCAGUGCCGCCCGGUUGGCAGCUCACUCCCGCGAGGCCUUGCCGCAGCUGCUCCCCGAAGCCAAUGCUCAGGAGCUGUCGAAUGUGGCCUGGGCUCUUGCGACGCUGACGCAACCGCAACCCAGCGAGGCUCCCUUGCCCCCCAAGGCAGCGACUCUGUGGGCGAGGCUGGGGCAGUGCUGCGCAGCCCGGGCCGAGGAGAUGACGAGCCAGCACUUGGCCAACGUGUCCUGGGCCCACGGCACGCUGCGCCUGGCCAGCCAGGUCUGGUUUGCCGCCGUGUCGCAGCGCAUCCUGGCAGGAGGAGCACCCGUGCACCGCUGGGAGCCGCGCCAUGUUGCCAACCUGCUUUGGGGCUUGGCGAGGGUGGGCUUGAAGUCCGAGGAACUUUUGGCCAAGUUGGAAGAAGAGCUCUGCGAGAGUGGAGGCGUGCUGUCCACCUUUGCCGGCCGUGACGUUGCUGCCAUCCUUUGGGCUUAUGCUUCUCUGGAGGCAGCGCGGCCACGCCUCGUCGCCGCCGCCUGCGCGGAGGCGGCGAAGCCCGGGCGAUUGCGAGGCUUUUCUGCACAAGAUCUGCAGAACCUGGCCUGGGCGCUGGCCAUCUUCCGCCGCGCCGGUCGUACCAGACGCCAAAGAUGCAACUCCAAGCCCCCUGCCACAUGA